AUGGUUUUGUGGGCGCAUAGGCUAUUUGAAUAUCUUGUCCUUAUAACUGGAAUUUAUAAUGUCAAAGCCUGGACUUACCAUUACAACAUAGACAUUAAUAUGGACUGGACAACAGCUCGUCAGUGGUGUCAAAAGCAUUUCACUGAUAUGGUGGCCAUCCAAAACCAGGCAGAAGUUGAAUACCUCAACCAGGUUCUACCUUUCAAUCAAGCAUACUACUGGAUCGGCAUUAGGAAGAUUGACGACUACUGGACGUGGGUUGGGACCAAAAAGCGCUUGGACCCUGAAGCCGCAAACUGGGCGGAAAAUGAACCAAAUAACAAGGGAUCUGGACAAGACUGUGUAGAGAUCUACAUUAAGAGACGCAAAGAAACAGCCAAGUGGAAUGAUGAGAGGUGCAGCAAAAAGAAAGCAACUGUCUGUUAUUUAGCCUCUUGUUCAAAGGAAUCCUGCAGUGAGCAUGCUGAGUGUGUGGAGACUAUUGGCAACUACAGAUGUCAAUGUCACCUGGGUUUCAUGGGCCCACGCUGUGAGGAAGUUGUCCAGUGCUGGCCAAUUGAAAAUCCACAGCAAGGUUUUGUGAACUGUGACGGUGUCUUUGGAGCAUUUCAUUUUAACUCGUCAUGCCAGUUCCGAUGUGUCACAGGGUUCAAGCUGGAGGGGUCACAGAGGCUACGCUGCCUGGCAUCAGGGCAUUGGGAUUACACUCUUCCUGUUUGUCAGGCUGUCCAGUGUCUGCCCAUUAUUGAUGCUCCAGGUGGUUGGAGUAUGAACUGCACUCAUCCCCUUUCCAUUAAUAGCUUCAACUCCAGUUGCGAGUUCAAGUGUGAGGAGGGAUUUGAGCUCAAGGGCUCUAGUACAACCUGGUGCGACCAGACUGGGCAAUGGACACACAAACCCCCCACUUGCACAGUGGUGACCUGUAAUGGCAUCCUAGCUCCUGCAAAGGGUCAUCUGACAUGUGCUGAUCCUUUGGGAAAGUACUCUUUUCGUUCUACUUGCAAUAUUUCCUGUGUUGAGGGACACAAAUUGAGAGGAAAAGCCACACUCAGCUGUCUAAGUGAUGGCAAUUGGUCAGCACCAACACCUGAUUGUGAAGUUGUAAAGUGUGACCCAUUGAAGCCCAUUCCACAUGGCUCCCUGCAAUGUUAUGACCCUGUGGAGAAGUUUGCUUAUGGCUCCACUUGCUGGUUAAAAUGUGGUUUUGGUUUUGUCCACAAUGGUACAAAUUCCACUCACUGUACCGAACAGGGGAACUGGAGUCCCAUCCCUCCCGUUUGCCAAGCUAUACAGUGUUCACCUCUCUCUGAUGCACCAAGUUAUGGAAGUAUGACCUGCACACACCCUCUCUCCACCAACAGCUACAAUUCCAGCUGUGAGUUCAAGUGUGAAGAGGGUUUUGUGCUUAAAGGUGCAGAUUCCACCCAAUGUGACCAUACUGGGCACUGGACACAUAGCACCCCUAUUUGUACAGCUGUGGCUUGUGACCCUCUCGUGACCCCUGCAAAGAGCCACCUGACCUGUGCUGAUCCACUGGAAAAGUUCUCUUUUCGUUCUUCUUGUAAAGCUACUUGUGAGGAGGGAUACACACUGAGAGGAGAAACCACACUCACUUGUCUGAGUGACGGCAACUGGUCAGCACCAACACCUGCAUGUGAAGUUAUAAGAUGUGAUGCUCCGGAGUCUGUUCAACAUGGCUCUGUGCACUGUCAGGACCACCUGGGGGAGUUUAGCUAUGGUUCCUUGUGCUGGCUGGAGUGUGGAGCUGGAUUUACUUUAAAAGGAAGUAAUUCUACUUACUGCACCUCACAAGGGAAAUGGAGCCAAGAAUUUCCUUGUGAAUCUAAAGAUCUGGGCGAUGCUAUGCCCUGUGGUGGACCACCAUCUGGCUCUGGUAAAGUGCCAUAA